AUGAAUGUUAUGCGCCUUGCGACCCGUGGAGCUCGACCUGUUAUUUUGGGAUGUCGCUCCUACCAACCACAGUCUAGUGGGAACAGCACGCAGUGGCAACGUCAAGAACCAACAAGAGAUUUCAGCACCGGAAAUGUAUACCUGGACGUGACCAUUGUCGUAGGAUCUGGAAUAGGGGCAGCGUCAUCGAUUCCUACCGUUCUCAGUGUCGCUGGGUUUACUGAGGCGGGAAUAGCUGCAGCAUCUCUGGGCGCAAAUUUGAUGUCCGUGUCAGCAAUAUACAAUGGCGGCGGAGUGGCGGCAGGAGGUAUUGUGGCAGGUCUGCAGUCUGCAGGUGUUUUGGGCACCAGUGCUUCGACCCAAGCAGUUGUAGCUCUGGGAGUAUCAGCAGUCACUGCGAUCACUGGAUAUUUCUUUUAGAUUGGAGGUUAUAAAUACUGA